AUGCUCCGGUCAGAAAAUCCCAUUCCACAAAUAAAUCGAGGCGAAACCUCAGACGACGGGGGAGAUUUCAGAACAAUGAGUGAAAUGCCAGAAAAAAUGCACGACUAUCGGAUGGCGAAAAUUCGAGAAACUCUUCAAGAGGUCCGAAAAAACAAUUGGAUAUAUGUAGGAAAUGCAUUCCGAGAACAACCGCUAGCUCCAUCCAAACCCUAA